AUGGUCAUUCCUUAUAUAAGAAUCGUCCCCUGGAAAAAUGUAAAAGAAUUGGAUGAUUUGAAAAAAUGGUUUUAUCCUGAAAAAUUUAACUCAACCGAUGAUUCAUCUCGUUUAAGAGCUAUUGCAAAAGUGAAAAGUUAUCAUAUUAAAGGUUCUCAAUAUUUACCACAUGUCAUCGAUUCCACUGCUCAAUUAACAAAUAUCAUAUUACAAGAUCAAUCGAAUCUGCAAGACACUCUAUCUAUUAGAUUAUCCUAUACAAUGGUUCUUAUUAGAUUUGUCAAUGGGCUAUUAGAUCCCACACAACAAUCUCAAUUUGCUAUCCCAUUACAUACUUUGGCUAAAAAUAUCGGGUUAGCAUCAUGGUUUGUGGAUUUAAGACAUUCAGGUACUCAUGAAAGAGAUUUACCUUCAUUAGAUAUGUUACGAUUAGCCUCUAAAGAUGUAUUGAAUUGGUUAUGGGAUCAUUAUUGGAAUGAUGAUCAAUUACAAGAUGAUGAAGAUGUCGAUUUGCAAAUAGAUCAUGAAAGAUUAUUGAAGAUUGAAAAAUUAGAUAAAGUUUUACAAUCAUGGUUAAAUGAAAAAUUUUUAUUACUAGAAAAUUCUUGGAUUUGGGAAAAUAAUAAAAAAACUAAUAUUAUUUCAAGUACAAAUUUUGAAAUCCAAAAAAAUACCACAGGUUCAAAAAGAAAACAUGAUGAAAUUGAAUUAUCACCUUAUGAGGUUAUUACCAAUUUAAUUGAACAAAUUGAAAAAAUUUGGAAAUUUUGUCAAGAUAAAAAUUUAUUCAUUGAAAGAUGUAUCUAUAAUUAUGAUCCUUUAAUUUUCCAAAUCUUUAUGAUGAAAUUAAAUAAUUUUGAUUUCGAAUUUAUUUCUUGGUUAUUAAAUUGUUUUAAAAAUAUUCAUCUAUUAAAUACUAGUGAUUCAGAUGAAAUUUUACAAAUGGAAAAUCAAGUCUUGAUUGAUCAAAUUAAACUUUUGAAAAAAAAAUUCCCCAAUUGGCAAAUUUUAAAAUCAAAAUUAUUGAAAAAACAAUUAUCCAAAAUUAAUAUUAAACUUCUGCAAAUGGAAUGGGAAAAUUGGAAUCAAUUAUUAAUUAAGAAUUCUUCUUAUCUAAGUAUAUGGAUCAGUGCUAAAUUAAUUAAAUUAAUUGAAAUUGAAUCAUUAAAUAAUUCCAAAAAAAAGAAAAAGCAAAAGCAAAAUUUAAAAUUAACUGAUCAAGAAUUACAAAUUGAAUUACAAAAUUAUGUUAAAAAUUAUUCCAAUGUUUAUAAUGAUGGUGAAUUUAGAAUGUAUGAUUUGAUUUCAAUUGAUCCACAACUUAAACCACUUUCCACUAAUAAAGAAGCUUCAAACAAUAAGGAACUUCCAAAGGAUAAAAAUAUCACUAAUAUAUUAGACGAUCUAGCUAAUCUUAAAAAAAGAAUGCUUAACAGACAUACAAAAGAAAAUUCUCAAGUAAUUUGGGAAUUACAUAAGAAUUGGACUCCUAAACCUUUCGGUACUUUAUAG